AUGUUGACUGAGGUGUACAGGAAGGACACGAUGUCACGUACUCGAGUUUUUGAAUGGCGUAAAAGAUUUAAAGAUGGGCGAGAAGAAGUGGAAGACGACGAGCAUCCUGGUCGCCUUUGCACAUCAAAAAGUGAUGAGAACGUCGACAAAAUUGUCCGAAAUGAUCGUCGUUUUAGUAUUCGUAUAAUUGGAGAUAUGAUAAAUAUAGACAAAGAAACAGUUCGACAAAUUUUACACAACAAUUUAAACAUGAACAAAGUCUGUGCCAAAAUGGUUGGGGAGUAUAUAGAAGGGGAUCACAUUUAA